CUUGUUUGCUCAGUGAUUGUGGUCUUGGGCGAAGGGAAGGUCCUCACGUAUGGGGCCCCGUCGCACUUUCUGGUUCAAUCCCCAGCUCGAAGCACGGGGCGACCGAUUGCGGCGGCUGCCCCUGCCUGUGUUGCCGUUCCCCACACAGAUUGCCCGAGCGCGCGAGCGGGCCGGGUGCCUCAUGGAGGAGAUGGGCUCCUGGAUCGCGGAGAGCCCUCAUUGCGGGAGCUCCCCAGGCGGGAAGUCGGGGUCCUGGCUGAGCGGGAGCGACUGCAGGACCACCGUCGGCUCCACGGCAGGGAGCACGGGCGAGGCCUCGAAUGGGAGCGCCUGGGGCGUCCUGGGCAACUCACGGCAGGCGGGCGGAGACCUCAAGGGACACAGCUUGCGCGGCAUCCUCGAACGCGCGGCACGCCGCUCUGGCGCGCCCGCGGCCAGCAUGCGGCACCCUCCGAAGCUCCUCCCGGAGGAGGACGAACGCGAGGCGGAGUCGUCCUCGGACGAGCAGGAGGGCGGCCUGCCGCUUGCGGGCGCCGCGCCGCUGGCCCCCCGCAGGCUCUGGACCGCGCUGUCGCUCCUGCGCCAGUCCCCCGGCGAUCCCGGCGCCGCGGGGGCGCAGGGGGCGCCGAGCCCGCCCGAGGGGGCCGGGCACUCGGACGGCCGCCGCGGGCCCGCGCCCGGAGGCCCGCCGCGCGGGGCGGCCCGCUCGAGGGGCCCCGGGGAGGCGCCGGGCCAGUCACAGCGCCUGGCCGCCUUCGCGCCGCCCCCGCGCGAAGGCCUGCGCGCAGCGCCGCAGGGCCCCCGCAAGCCCGCGGGGCCGCGCCCCGAGCGGGCGCGCCUGCGGCGGGCGUGCUGGGCCGAGCUGGAGAGCGGCGGGGGCCCCGAGCACGGCGACGACCCCGCGGGCGCCGCGGGCGAAGGGGCGCAGGGGCCCCGGGCCAUCCUCGGCCUGAGCCCGCGGGGCGCCUCUGAGGGCCCGCUGCCCUCGGGCCAGGGCCCCGCGGGCGCCGCGGGGCUGGAGGGCGCAGAGGCCGCAGGUCGGAGGCCCUGGCCCUGAGACGGACCCGAGCCUCGACCUGGCGCCGCAGGCCAGAGGCCCCGACCUCUGAUCUGACUCGCCAACGGCCGCUUAGGGCGGACCUGAGGAGGAGUCCCCGCCGACCCAUGAUCCCUGAGAUGGGCCCGAGUGGCCCCCGCCCCUGAUCUGACCCCAGGCCCCUGUAAGGACGGAGAGCGGGCUGGGCCACGAUUCCCGGAUCUCGAGUGCACAAAACAAGGGCACAGAGCAUCACAUUCAAAACAUCGGAGCGCUGGCUGUCCCAGCCCCUGGCGUCGUGGCUUCACGAGGCGUGUGCCUCGUUUUUUCUGGGUCGUCGGUCGCCCACGCGGCCGUCGGUCUCUCCCUCGGCGGAUUUCCGCCCCAUUUUCCCGCAUGCUUUCGCUGUAGAGUUAUGAUGUUCCAGCCAUCGUUUGCCUCGAGCAGUAGAAAGAAUUUCGUGCACCAGGAGGGUUUCGAGACUGAAGGUUUUUCGCGUCGCGGGCUCUGGGAGGCGAUACUCGUUCGACACUUCGCCAGCGUGUCGGGCAGACACUGUUUCGAUAUUGUUUUGAGUACUCCAAAUUGGUUACUUUGGGAUGUGGUCCUUAAAUACGAUGGGAACAACAUACCUGUAGAUAGCAAGCCAUCAUGUGGCCAACUUCACCGGGACGUCAUCAGAAUUCGUAUUUUGCUUUUCCGUCCAUCGUUGCGAACCUCUUGAUGGGCCCAUAGCGACGCUCGUGGGCCUGGCCCGACGCCGGGCCACGUCUGGAGCAAGUGUCGUUCUGGCAGUCUUGUUCCAUAGUGAGGUAUGGUUUGCGGCCUACCUUGCCACUUGUGCAGGGGCCCCUCCGGUUUACUUUCCUUCGCAGUCGUUUUGUGCCCCGGAGGGCUUCGUUGAGACGAGUUCCGUGUGAUUGUAUCCUGCCCCAUGUUUUUCCUCUCCCUCGUUCUCUCUCUUUUUUUCUCUCUCUCUCUCUCUCUCUCUUUCUCUCUCUCUCUUUCUCUCUUUCUGCUGUGGCCGUUAGUGGUCGGAGCGCUUUCCUUGAGCGUCUGAGAGUAAAUUUACUUCAGAUGCUCAGGCUCGAGUUGCAAAGCGGGUAGCCCUCGCGACGUGCGACGUUUAAGUUGAGUAGUUGUUGGGCCUCGUCACAGCGGGGCGUUUGUUGCACUCUGUCUUGUCCUCACCGCCGUCUGCCUACACACCUGUAGAGGCCGACGUGCGCGAGACGGUCGAGGGCCGAGUUACGACGAGUCUUGGGACAUAAAGGUCCCCAAGAGGCUUUUUUGUUUACUGAAGAGCGCGAGAGCGCAGGGGGUGAGGCGUCCCCCCGCUCGAGACUGUGCAAUCGAGCGGGGGCGACGGGCAGCCAGCGUGCUCGCACACACCAUGCACACCACAAGAAAAGGCGAUACCCCAAGGCUCGGGUACUAGGGCAGGCUGCGUAACCUGCACCGCCAAGCACGAGAAACGCAAGGUGGCAGUGUUGCCACCAAGAGAAAAAAGCUGACCAUGCUGGAUUAUUUGAAACGUCGGUAUGACAAGUACGCCCCUUCGGGCGACGCCUGCGGUAGUGCUCUCCUGCUCCAU